GAGCAAGAAGUUGAUUUUCUUAUUCUAAACUCCAGUGUUUGUGAUAUAGAAAGUGGUGAAGUGCCUGAUGCUGCUCUUCUAGCCAACAAUCCCUACUUCCCUCAGAAGGACUAUGUGAGGUUUGACACUGCCAACUCAGCUGCCUUAUUGGGAAAACUACUUGAGUUCAGAACAAAUGCAAAUCAGCAAUUGGAUGAGGAGAUUCUGGUUUCAGCAGUGACAGCUGUGGAGAAUCCUAAUAAUGAUGUAUCCAGAACAGAGCUCAGCAUGAUGGAGAAACUUUUUUCAUGGCCCACAGUGCUGGACAUGCUACGACUAGCCAUCCGAAACCCCAUCGCCAACAAGUACUUCUGUGAAGAAAACAAAGUGGAGUUUUCUCAACGAAUACUGCAUUUCCUCACUCCAGAGAUGCCACCUGUGAACCAGAUGCUAACUUUGCGCAUCAUCUCCAAUGCCUUCGUUCAUGAUCCAGGCAGAGAGUUAAUGCUUAUGAUGGAAAAAGAUAUCCUUUCACAAUUAUCAGAUAUUGGAGCUCCGAAAUGGAAGACUGGAGAUGUUGCUGCCAUGACAGUCCUCCUGAAUUACUCAAUUGCUCUCUUUAAGAGAGCUCGAGACUUUGAUAGUAAGCUUCAGUGCCUUUCCACAUUGGCUUCAGUCAUGAAAGAUGCCAAUGACAAAGAAGCCAUUUUCCGAGGCCUAGUUACUCUUGGUACCCUGCUCUAUGGUGACAGAGAACUUGCAUCGGCUGCAUCUGUCUUGGGUUUACCUCAAGUUGUCAAGAUCAAUCAGAGUAUCCUUGAUCCACCAAAAGUGGCAGAGUGUGCUGGGUAUCUCAGAAAACUACUUGAGUUCAGAACAAAUGCAAAUCAGCAAUUGGAUGAGGAGAUUCUGGUUUCAGCAGUGACAGCUGUGGAGAAUCCUAAUAAUGAUGUAUCCAGAACAGAGCUCAGCAUGAUGGAGAAACUUUUUUCAUGGCCCACAGAAAAACUCUUUCCAGUGCUGGACAUGCUACGACUAGCCAUCCGAAACCCCAUCGCCAACAAGUACUUCUGUGAAGAAAACAAAGUGGAGUUUUCUCAACGAAUACUGCAUUUCCUCACUCCAGAGAUGCCACCUGUGAACCAGAUGCUAACUUUGCGCAUCAUCUCCAAUGCCUUCGUUCAUGAUCCAGGCAGAGAGUUAAUGCUUAUGAUGGAAAAAGAUAUCCUUUCACAAUUAUCAGAUAUUGGAGCUCCGAAAUGGAAGACUGGAGAUGUUGCUGCCAUGACAGUCCUCCUGAAUUACUCAAUUGCUCUCUUUAAGAGAGCUCGAGACUUUGAUAGUAAGCUUCAGUGCCUUUCCACAUUGGCUUCAGUCAUGAAAGAUGCCAAUGACAAAGAAGCCAUUUUCCGAGGCCUAGUUACUCUUGGUACCCUGCUCUAUGGUGACAGAGAACUUGCAUCGGCUGCAUCUGUCUUGGGUUUACCUCAAGUUGUCAAGAUCAAUCAGAGUAUCCUUGAUCCACCAAAAGUGGCAGAGUGUGCUGGGUUUGUUCGCCAAUCGCCUGAAAACAUGGAAAGGUGGAGAGGUCGUGUGGCUUUGGUAACCGGUGCCAGUGCAGGCAUCGGAGCUGCUGUCGCCCUUCGAUUGGCGUCUCUAGGUCUUCGUGUUGCAGCCUGUGCCCGAAGAGUAGAAAGGAUUCAGGAACUGGCCAAGCAAGUUGAAGGUGAAGGCGAAAUCCUGGCUCUGAAGUGCGACCUCACCGUGGAGUCCGAAAUCUACGCCAUGUUCCAAGACAUUGAGAAGAAGUGGGGCGGAGUCGACGUGUGCAUCAACAAUGCCGGCUUGAGUUAUAAUCAUACCCUCUUAGAGGGCUCAGUCGAGGAGUGGAGACGCAUGUGCGAUGUAAACGUUGUGGCAUUGUGUCUUUGCACAAAACUGGCAGUCCAAAGUAUGAGGAAGCGAAAUGUGGAUGAUGGCCAUGUCAUCAACAUCAAUAGCAUGUCCGGCCAUCGAGUGCCAGCUUCAAGAGUAGCCCAUUUUUACUCGGGCACGAAGUUUGCAGUGAGUGCUAUAUCGGAGGGUCUCCGAAGGGAGCUGCGGGAUCUCAAGUCACACGUCCGAGUUACACAAAUCAGUCCUGGAUUUGUUGAGACAGAGAUGGCAUAUAAUAUUGAUCCCGAUGGGGCGAAGGCGUUGUACUCCAGCAUCAAGCCACUCCAGGUCGAUGACAUGGCUGAUGCCAUCGUCUUUGCUCUAAACUCCCCUCCUUACAUGGAGGUGAACGACAUCUGCAUCCGCCCCACUGAGCAGAGUCAGUGAAAUCGAGCUGACUCGAUGCGUGAGGUAUCGGCGCUUCGCUGCUCGGUCCUUUCAUCGUUCCUGGGUGCUGGUUUUUAAGCUUGCAAGCGGGAAAGAAUACAAAUAUCAUUCCAUAUGAAUAUCAAUGAGUGAUCUGUUGAAAUAGAAAGAAAAUGUG